CAGAUCAAAGUUCUCUGAGAUAAGGCAACAUUCACUGUGUGUUUAUGGCUCCACGCUGUUCUCGCACUGCGGCUCUGUACGGGAUAUGUGAGCAGAGAAACAAAGUCUGGGCCCGUAAGAAGACUGGACUGCGGUGUUUCUCACGAUGUUGACAGGUUGAGUGGAUGUAAUCUAAGACAAACUGAUACGGUAGUUGUUUUGGUGGAUGAAAAUGGUUGGGGGCCAGGAUAGUUCUUACUCCUUGCAGACAGCGGAGCCCAACGGGGCCAAAGCCAGAGAGUCAUUCAAGUUUGUGUCGGAGGAGAAAAGAGAUGUCUGGAGGGACGUCGUAGAGGAGCAAGCCGAGCCGACCUGCAGUCUCAGUGUCAGCAACGUCUCUUAUACUGUCAGGUAAGGACAGUGUGGGUAAUGGAAACCACAGAAACAACAACAAAGUUUGAGAAUUAAUCAGAACAUGUUUUGAAAACUAUGCUUUGUUUUUCAAAUCUGUAAUUUUUGAGACAAAUCUUUAACUUACAAUGAUAUAGCUAAAAUUAAACAGGUAUAGGUAAAAUUAACGACUCCAGACUUUUUAUUAAAAAAUGUUCUACUCUAGCAUCGAGUAAUAAUAUUUUAACAGAGAGGACUGGAUCUAGUCUGUCGGUAUUGUAUUGAUCAAAAUAUCUCUGUUCACUUUUGUUUGUGUAAUUGUGUGUUUCAGUGAGCGUGUGGGUCUAUGGUGGGACCUGCCGUCCUACAGGAAGCGAUGGACACGUCAAAUUCUCAAUAAUGUCUCCUUCCAUGUAGACAGCGGGCAGAUCAUGGGCAUACUGGGCAAUUCAGGUUCACACACUGUUAAUAUAUGUAAAAAAAAAAUAGAAAUUUCAAUAUUUCUGAGUUGAGUUGCUGUUGUUAAUUAUUUGUAAGUCUAAAAUAAGUGGUCAAAUCUUUUGUGAUCCUAAAAGAAAUAAUCUAAAUUCUUGUUUAAUAUCUGAUUGGAUGUGCUGUGUUUUUCUGUAUUAACUGUAUUCUGUAUUAUCUUUGCAAAUUGAAAUGUAAAGGCUCAGGAAAGACCACGCUGCUGGAUGCCAUCUCGGGGAGGAUUGGAAACAGUGGCACUUUGUUGGGCGAAGUGUUUGUUAACGGGAGGAAGAUAAAGAGAGAGGAGUAUCAGGAUUGCUUCUCUUAUGUGCUGCAGGUAACAGAAAAAUCUUUUUUUUUACACCUUAAGAAGUGAACAUCUGUCUACAUUUGGGCUUUAUAUUUAAAUUAGUAAUCCUAACUUAUGUACUCACACAUGCACAUCACCAUUUUCUCCAUUUCUCAUCACACACUGACAUCGGAUUAAACUUUGCCCCUCAGUAUUACGUAUGUUUUGUAUGUAUUGAAGUUGCCUGAGGUCUACCCAUCAAAAUUACAGAAUAAUAAACUCUAUGAGCUCACUCUGUUUUGCAAAAACUCCUGAAAAGGUCGCCCUGGCCUCAGGAUGAAAUUAACGAAAGACCCUUGCUAGCCUCCUCAUAUACUUAAUCUCUCAAUGAGAGGUGCUCAAGUGUAUCCAAAGCCUGAAUUAAAAACACUGGCUUAAAAACUGGCCUUGCUUCCUUUCAAAUCAUCUCUCUCUUCUGGCUGAUAGCAACCCCCUCUGCUCUCUAAGCCUCGUCAUUAACUUCCCCUGCUAAGCUGUAGAUGAGGAGGUGAUAUGAGCUCCUGAUAUUAAAGUCAUUCAGAUGAGAGACUGAGGAGAAGUGGGAUUGGGAGGCCCAACGUGUUAAUUGAAGCAGGCAGCAGGUUCAGUAGGUUCAAGCACAGAAUUUGUGUUUGUGUGCAUGUGUGUGUGACUGAAAUUUUGUAAGGCUUAAGUAUGUUAUAGUAAGUUUGCAUACAGUAUAUACAUACCUCUUCAUUACAGUGCAGCUCUGGUGUCCUGCAUUGAUGUACAUCUAGUGUUACUGAGUGCUGAGCGCUGUGGAUGUUGAAAGUGAACAUCAUGUCCUUUGUUAAAGUUUUCUUUAGUUUGACCACUGAGGAACAAGGAAAAGAUGGAGGUGAUUAUUCUUAUUCUCAAACGGUAGAAAUAGAGUUCAAAAGCCUUAAAGAGUUGGUUUUAUGAUAUAUCCUCGACACGUCUGAGUGAUCCAUCUGCCUUAUUUAAUCUCUUCUUUCAUCGUUUUCAUAUGUCCUUGCCUCUUUCUUCUCCAGAGUGAUAACUUGUUGAGUUACCUGACUGUGGAGGAGACUCUGACCUACACAGCUCAGCUCGCCCUGCGGAAACACUCAGCCGAAGCUAUCAAGAAAAAGGUGACUUUUGAUUGCCUCCUCUGCCCCGUCCACCUUCUGUUGGUUCUCCUCAGCUUGAAUUUAACAUUUUCUCCCAGCCGUAGAAAACACAGAAUGGAGAACCACAUGAUUUGUCAGUACAUAGAGUUUUCAGCAUACCAGUGUUUAUAACUUGAAUUUUUGUUCUCUUUCGGGUAACUUCUACACCGAAAAAUUCAAUUUUUUUGGAGCUGAAAUGUUUAUUUCACUUACAAAUCAAAACCAAAAAAAUCAAAAUUUCCUUAAAACUUAACAAAUAUAUAUAUAUUUUUUAUCUCGUUUGGUACAUUAGAUGUUUUUGGGAACUGAUAACUCAACUUCUCAACUCAACUUUAUUUGUUAAGCACUUUAAAACAACCACAGCUGAACAAAGUGUUGUACAUAACUAGACAAAACAACAAGAUAAAAAACAAUCAAAAAACAAUUAAAACAAUGGAUAAAAUAAAUGCAGAAUUAAUAAUAAAAUAUAGCUUCAAUGUUUUUAAAAACUAAUUUAAAAACAUAGAAACAAAUAACUAAAAACAAACCAUAAAACACUAAAACAGGAGCCGAGUCUCAUGCAGGGUUAAAAGCCAAUGAAUAAAAAUGGGUUUUAAGACGACUUUUAGGAUAAACUAAAAGAGGACUUUUUUAUCAUUUAUCGGACUGUAUUCAGGUGUUUUUUAGUAAUUUGUAGAUCAUAUUGAUUUGAUGGAAGUAUUUAAAAGUAUGUAUCAAAUAUGAUACAAAAGGCAUUAAAGGAUUAAAUAGUUUUCCUCAUAUUCUGCAAUAAUAUUAACUACGUUAGCUAAAGUGGUUUGAGUAACAGACAGCUAUGUCAGUAAAAAAAAAAAGAUCUUAUCUUGUUUUGACCUGAGGUACAUUUAGACCUACAGGCCCUCUUCUAAGCAUCAUUUCCUGUUGAAUCGCAGAGCGCUCAACCAGUCAGACUGAGACAGUUCUUUGGAAGCAAUAGUCAACUGACUUGUUAAUGGUAGAAGGUCACCUGACCCCUGACCUCUUGCUCCUGUGCAGGUGUCAGCCGUGAUGGCCGAGCUGAGUCUAAGUCACGUGGCCCACAGUGUUAUUGGAGGUCGAAUUUUCCCAGGGAUCUCUGGGGGUGAGAGGAGGAGGGUCUCAAUUGCAAGCCAGCUACUUCAGGACCCGAGUGAGUUCCUCUAAAGCUGUGUAUCACGAACAUCGGGUAGGAUGCCUCUGCUGCAAAUUGACAUCAUGAAUAUGAGCUAAAAUGGACUGUCAAUGAAAUUCCUGACUAGAAUAAAGUGUUUGAUGAGUGAAGCACUGGAGGUGAGUCUUUGGUAAGCUUUGAAACAUUGGGACACAGAUUGUCAGAAAGGGGAUACAAUAUCAGAAACGUGUUCAAUAAGUUAAACAAUGUUUUCAUUACCUUACUCAAUAUUUCUUAUAUUUUGGGCACAUUAAAACUAAUGUCAGAACUGUGCCCUCAUAAGAAAAGCAGAAAGUUCACCAAAGUUCUCCCCAAAGAGUUUAAGAAGUCCACGCUGAAAAACAAAAGGAUCUAAGAGAGAGGUGAGCGAGGAAAGGACUGGGAGAGGGAAAGAUGAAGAAGAGUAAUGAAAGUCUGGGUUAUCACACCAUGGAGGGAAUGAGCAGAGACCUGCGUCAGUGUGUGUGAGAGAGUGGGCCCAUGCUCAUCCCAGGUGUGGUUUAUCAGGCCUAAAGUCCCCCAGGGAGGGUGAAGGGUCUCAGUCCUCAUUCAGGAUUAGAAGGGGCCACGGACACACACACACAGAGUCACACACAGAGUAAUGAGGAGUUCCCAUUCACUGCCUUUCCAAUCAACCAGGAAAUGAAUUAAUCUCACAAUUAAAGCAUCUGCUAAUUCCACUUUGCUUUCAUAAUGCAAAGAGGCAAUCUUUUAAUUGUCCUAAUUAGAGUAAUUAAGUAAAAAAAAGAACUCACUUAUCUCCACAAGUUAAGUUGGCCCCGCGGAGAGUCCUGGAUGUGCCACUUAAUAAAAAGUACAAGUAAAAGUUUCCAACUUAAAUGAAGAAAAAACUGUUAUCGUCCUGCCUUUGUCCUGCGACCAAUGUUUUGACAUGUGACCAGCCUGGAUGAUGGUAAUAAUGUCAUUUCAGGGGUGAUCCUAUUGGACGAGCCGACCACCGGCCUGGACAGCAUGACCGCAAAUCAGAUCGUAGUGCUGCUGGCAGAGCUGGCCAGGAGGGAUCGUAUCGUCAUAGUGACCAUCCACCAACCACGCUCUGAGCUCUUCAGGGUGGGUUUGGAGAAAAACUAGGAGAAAGUGGAAGAGUUAUGAAUGGACUGAAGUUUCUUUAAAGGAGAGAUUUGCAUUAUUUUAAAGUCAGUCAAAACAAUUAUUAGUCCUGCUGCUAUCUGUUCUAGUCCUACAGAGAUUUUUCUUUCAAGCGGUGUAAUUGUUAAGUCUUUUAUGACACUGAUAGGGCCAAUAUCAGGUUUCAACAGGCUAGGUCUAAUCCACGGGUUAUUUUCUUUGGCUGAGAUGAUGUAGAGCCUCAAGGAAAAGGAGAGAAACACCGAAUAAUCAUUUACUUACAGCCAACAUUACAGCCUCGAUUCUUGCUUCACGCACUCUAAAAACUCUUGGAUUCUUUCUUCAACCCAAUUCCUGGGUUAUACAUGUUGAGUUAAAUUUCUGGGUUAUUUUUCAGAUCAAAACCCAUUUCUUGUGUCAUAUGGAUUCUAUUAUAACCCAAUUUUUAAAUGGGUUAAUAAUUAUGGGUUAUUUUUCUGAGAGUAACCCAAUAAUUGGGUCAGAACAUUGGGUUCAUAUCCCACAUGAGACACAUCUGCGAGAUGUGAACUAUAUCUUCCAUUGUGGCUCCUUAGGCAAGACCCUUAGUGCUAUGGCCUACAAUCAGUUAGGUAAAAGUACAUGGGAAAAUAAGGUACAGGUUGUAAAAGCAAAGCUCCCCAAAUGCAUAAUUUAACCCAAAAUCAUGAGUCAAAUUAACUCGAACAUUGGGUUAAUUUAUUGAGUCAGUUAUUGAGUCAACCCGAAAAUUGGGUUAAUUUGAAUAACCCAAAAUUCUGGGUCAAAAUAACCCAAUAAGUAUUCGGUCCCUUUUCAACCCUGGUGUCAAACCCAGGGUUUUUUAGAGUGUGUUUGUAACAUCUUCUGGUUUUCUUUGUCAGUGUAGAAGGGGGCAUGUAACUGCUGCUCUUAGACUGCAAAAAAUAGAUAUUCUAUCUCAACAAAGAAACUCCACAAUGUGUUGACUCUUUGUUGGUGUGUAUUUGUGGGUGUGUGUUUCAGGUGUUCAGCAGGAUAGCUAUCAUGAGCCAUGGAGAGCUGGUGUUCUGUGGCCAGCCCGAAGAGAUGGUUGACUUCUUCAGCCAUUGUGGAUAUGAGUGUCCAGAGUACUGCAAUCCCUUUGACAUCUAUGGUAAUGAAGCUUUGAUUCUGGAUUAUUCACUGUAGCUUUUGAACAUUUGUGAGCGACAAGAUAACAUUAAAUUGCUUUGAUACUUUUCAACAGUUGAUUUCACCUCAGUGGACACACACAACAGUGAAAGAGAAGCAGCCACUUUCAACCGUAUGCAUGAGAUCACUUCAUCCUAUCAGAAAUCAGACAUCUACCAGAGCAUGCUGGAGAAAACGGAGCAGAGCCUGCAGCAAACAGACAAACCAGCCAUUCCCUAUAAAAGCAAAGAGUCACCAAGCGGUGCAGCCAAACUCGGAGUUCUGUUCAGGUCAGUGAUGGGCGGGGCUUAAGUUACCUUGUUUGUGUGCUGUAUGUCAAUUUCCUACAUUUGUUCCCAUAAACAAGAAUUUUGAAUGUCAAAAACUCUCAAAUAUUACCUGAGUUUAUGUGCUUACAUGUAUUUUCAUUUGUGUUUUCUGUACAGGCGAACAUUAAGAAACUUGUCCAGAGACAGGAUGGGUGUUCUGAUGCGUCUGUCCCAGAACCUGAUCUACGGCCUCUUUGUGGCUUUCUUCGUGAUGCGGCUAGAUGAUGACGUCAACAAGGGUGCUGUGCAGGAUCGCAUCGGCAUCAUCUAUCAAAGUGUUGCAGCUUCCCCUUACACUGGCAUGCUGAAUGCUGUGGCUCUCUGUGAGUUCAACCAACACCAUAAAUCUAAACAAAAAAGAGAAAACAAUUAAAAUUAUUUUUGAAUUUUAGAUUUCAUAAUAUUUUAAACUGAAUGUAAUAAAUUUAACAGAGUGCGCUGCAGCAUCAACAUGCAUACAUGUAUCCCUACUUACCUUUAUUGUCAUAAUAGCAGAAGGACAAAACCAGUAAUGCACCAUAUGCAAGCAGGUAGGAAAGUAGCAAGGAAAAACUCUCUCUUAAAAAGUAGAAACCUGUUAAAAGGGCUGAGAAUGUGGGACAGAGUGAGAAAUAGAGAAAGAUAAAUCUAAAGAGACAAACAUAUGGAGACAAGGAGACAUACAAAUGCAAAAGAGAGGUAAACAUAGAGAUAAAUAGAGUGAGAUGAGGAGACAGGAGCUCUCUGUUUCAAUUCUUCCUGGUGGUCUCAGCCUAUAACAGCACCGGUUUAGGGCAACCCUGAGCCAGCCCAAAGAUUUUAGGAAUAUAAAAUUCUGCUCUGCCCUUACAAGGACUUUGACCGAAGCUUGUAGAUGAUUUUUGAGGACAGGAGUCCGAUCAGACAAACCACUGACCUUCUACUAAUUUUAGUAAGAGUAAAUGGAAGAGACCAACCCAAAUCAGGAUCCACAUCCACAGUUCUUUAAUUACAUAACAUCUAGGUGACAUUUUACUCUAAAUAAAUGUAUGUAUCUGAUAACAUAACCUGAUAAAUAUCUACAGAAUGUGGACGCAGUGGCUUCAGGGAAAUUCUGAAGUGCGCGUGGUCUGUCAUCAGAAUUAAAGUGAUCUAUUAUCUUCAUUUAACGGCAUGUUUGAAUUGUCUUUAUCUGUGCUGCGUAAGCUGGCUUAUCUCUUGUUCAGUAGGUUUUUGUUCCCUUCAGCAAAAACGUGAGAAGUCUAGCUUGGGCUUUUUUUUUAAAUAGGAUAGCGCAGAAAGAGACUUCUUGUUCUUGAAGCAUCUCUCUGAGGUCAGCAUGAAAUCUCAAGUGUUGUUAAUCGGGUGGUAAGGUGUUAUGGGUUCAACAAGUGUCACUUUCAGCUUGGAAAUCCAGUCAUAAUCACAAAUGUUGGACAUGUCAGUAUUAAGAAAAAAAUACAUUUAUUUUAAAGAUGAUGAUGGGUCUACAUUUUCUAUUAUUUUCUUUGUAUUUAGAGUUGGUAUGAGUAGUUACAACUUUCACCCCAUCUACACCACAACAAACCUUAGUGCCCUUUUACCUGCAAACCUACAGUACCUUUACUAUCUAUACUGUCAGUGUGUACAUAUAUUUGUGUCUCUCUGUGUUCAGUGGGUUUCAGGUAAGUAUUUAUAGCUACUGCUGCUGCUGUGACUUACGGUGAUCAUAGACUUUAACAAACACAGACAGAGAGAAAUAGAGAUAUAUAUUUUAGGGUUUUACACUUUCUUUUCUGUUUUGUGGUCUACAACUUCAAUCAGGUGGUAAAACAUUUUUUGUGUGUCAAGUUAAAUUCAGGUUUAGAAUAUUUCCAAACCUGAAAACAGCUUUGUUAAACAUCUUCGCAUUUAUGUCUAACAUGCUGUCUUAUACAUAAGAUGAUGUAAGAUGUUAUAGACGAUAACAGGAUGGAUAUUGGCAGUAUGAGUUGAUCAUCUGUUCAAUGCCUUCCUCAGUUAUCAGGUUAAUCUAAACUCUUGGCCUCGGUCUCCAGCUGUCACAGAUACCGAUGAUAAGAGCUGUGAUAAAACACUGGGCUGAGUAGGAGUCAAGCUAAAGUGAAAAGGUAACUGUAAGUCAGCUAUGAGCACCCAAACAGCCACAGGUAGUGAUUGGAGAUAUCACGCUGACCUUAAAUCUAACUGAUAACACUGACAGGAUACAUCACAGCGCAGCCGUUUGUUUCUGGAGACAGGUUUGAGUCAGUUUUCUGGACAACUUUGCUGAUUAAGGAACAGGUGAAUAAGCAGGUCUGUAACUCCUAAAGACAGUUUUAGGUUAACUCCAACAUGAUGUUAAAUCAAACAGAAAUCACAACAUUGUUGCCCUGAAAUUUAGGACAGCCUCUGUUCUCAUAGCGGUUGUUUUAGUGAUGGGUUUUCAGUUUCUAGAGCUUCAUUGACUUUCUGUCUUACAUUUGUCCUUCUCACCCGUCCCAUUAUCUGCUCCCUCUCUAUCUACUUCCUCUCUGUCAGUUCCAGCAUUGCGAGCGAUCAGCGAUCAGGAGAGUCAGGAUGGUCUGUACACUAAAUGGCAAAUGUUCCUAGCCUACAUCUUUCACAUCCUGCCCUUCAGCAUCCUGAGUGUGAUCAUCUUCACCUCCUUCCUUUACUGGUGGGUACGAUGUGUUUUCAUGUGUAAAAGAAAGGUGCUGCACAUCCCCACCUGAGACACUUACUGGAUGUUGUAUUUCCUCAUUCAGCACUCACUUCUUUUUGUCCUUUUCCUCUCUGUGCUGUCUGUAUUCCUCUCAGGACGGUGGGUAUGCACCCUGACACCUUUCGCUUCCUGUGUUUCACUGCUGUAGUCAUGGUGCCACAUAUUAUAGGUAAGCAAAUAAAGUGAUUUAUCUUACCGUCUUUACAGCAUAUGCUCAUCUGUAUAAUAAAGGCACAAUAAGGGGCAGGAAGGUCCCCCAUCACUGCGAUUUUCCAGCACUUUGACAGCAAUAGACCAUUAACAUUCAGUCCUUAAACAAUUUAUAAAAAGAUCCUUCUGCAGUUUAAACUUUAUGUGGCCUUUAGUUCUAUUUAUUGGUAUAUUUGUUUGAUUUUCUCAAGGUGAGAUGCUGACUGUGGUGCUAUUAGGAGUGGUUCAAGACCCUAACAUGGUCAACACAGGGGUGGCUCUUCUCAAUAUCGCAGGAAUCUUAAUCGGAUCUGGCUUCCUGAGGUGACGCACCAAACAUAUUCAUGUUUUAACUAGUCUGAAAAAUAUCAUGGUUCAAAACUUUCAAAAGUCAAAUGUCAUUGUUUAAAAACGCUGUUACUCCGGUCACUUCUAACUUUCAAGACACAUUGUAAUGAAUACACACCUUCUCUAUCCUUUCCUUUCAACAGGAGCACCCAGCAUAUGCCUGCUGUCUUCCAAGGACUCAGCUACCUGACCUUUCAGAAGUACAGCUGUGAGCUGCUCAUAGUCACCGAGUUCCACAGCCUCAACUUCACAUGCAGUAAGAGGUUUUCUUAAUUGUUGGACCAUCAUCUAAAAAAGGGACACAUAAGUAUUAUAACUCAUGUCUCUACAGCUGAAUUUACAGCUCAUAAAAUUUAUGCCUUCGUCUUGUUUGCCAACUAAAGUGCUAUGAAAUACAACAUUAUAUAUGAUGCAAUUAAUAAAAAAUACACAGAGGAAUACAGAAAUAGCGACAAAAACAAAGGACGAGAAGCUCAACAGAUGUGUCAAAAGAUCUGAGAUUCUCUUCGGUCUGAAUCCUCCUCAUGAAUUUUACUGUUCAUCAAUCUGCUGAUAAUCUCAUCGAAAAUUAUUUUAAGGGCUGGAUCAGAGUUCAAGGCCACUUGGUAGUCUGGAGGACACUCAGGCUGUUCAAUGACCUGAAGUUGUGUCAAUAAAAUCACACCACUGUAACCUCUAUAACCUGAUGUGUUGUUCUGUUGCAGAUACUCUCAGCUAUUUACCUGGAGCUUGUCUGAUCACUGAGGGCGAUCAGAUCAUCGAUGAGGGCUACCCUGGCGCUCUGUCUCGAUACACACAAGACUUUGUUCUCCUUUACUCCUUCCUCCCCGUACUGCUGCUGCUCGGCAUAAUCAGCUUCAAGAUCAGAGACAAAGUUAUACGUCACUAAAAUAAAACACUUUUUUUUUGUUGUUGGAGAAUGUUAAGUUAAAGUUGCAGACCAGAUGGAGUUUUACAUACCUUAAACAGACUUUAAAUCCAUCCUCACAGUGCUGUUGUAUUUAGAGAGGAUGAGGUAUACUGAUUUAAAGUGACUGUGGUUGUACUUAAUCUUCUUCUCCAAACUUUAAUUAAUGUGACUGUUUUUGCACUUAUCUGUGAGUUUUGCAGAGGAAAGGUUUUUUCUUUGGUUUUUCGUUAUUCGCAAGUUCAAAGAGUUUCUAUUAAUAACUGUCCUCAAAUAAGUCGUCUUUGCUCAAGUGUAAAAUUAUUUGUGUAAAAAAUUACUUUGAGUGGCACAUGUAAAAAAAAAAAGCAAACAAUUUUGAAUUUUAGAAUUAAAUGUUGUAUAAAUGCUGACUGUCAUCAGGAAGUGAGCUUCCAUUUAAAAGCACUUCAUUGUCACUUGUACAUAAAUUUAUGACAUGGCAUUUUAAUAUUUUGAUUGUAAUAUGGAAUAAACAGAGAGAGAUUACAUCUAUGUAAACAUGUUUAUUUCUGAACCAUUUUUUCUUCAAUAUAUAUUCAACAUUUUUAUCAGUUAAGUAUUUUGAGGAAAAAAUCUCUACCUGUACAAGUUUGAGCCAAAAAAUAGUAACAAACCUUUUAGAAAAUGUCAAAAAAACUGAAAUAAAAAAUUUAAAAUGAAA